GCUGGGCAGCUGCCGUUGCCGUCCGUCGCAGGAGGCAGCCGCGGGCUGGUGGUGGGUGUGUGAGGGGAGAGCGGGACGUGGAGCUGCUGUCAUGAGCUACUCAGGUUAUGGCAACUGGAACUCUGGGACAAACAGAGGAUAUGAGGGAUAUAGUUACGGCUAUGGAUACGGUCAAGAUAACUCUGGCAAUUAUGGGUAUGGUAUGGCCACUUCAAACGCUUGGGAAAUGCCUAAUUCAGACACAGACCCUAACGCUUCCACUGGCGCCGAUGCUGUUAUAGCAAAAAUGAACCAGCGCUUAGAUAUGGUGUCUCAUCUAGAAACGGACACAAUGCAAGGAGGACAUUAUGGCUCCAGUGGAGACAGGUAUAAUACAUAUGAGUCCUACGACUCAAGGUCUUCACUGAACGACCGUGAUCUAUACAGAUCCGGCUAUGAUUACAGUGAGGCUGAACAUGACACCGAAAAUGCCUAUGAAGGUUGCUAUGACAGCUUCUAUGGGAACCACAGGGACCAGUACCAGAACAGAGCAUGGGACAACUUUGGCCAGCGGGGUCAGAACUGGGCCAGAGACGGGCGAAAUAACAGACCCAUGGCAUCUUCAUAUUCCGGGCACAUGGGCGGACAGUGGAAUGAGCCGCCACAGCCAAUGGGAGGGCGGGGCCAUGGCCCCCACGGCUCCUCUAGGCUCCCAUCCCUCUUCUCCCACAACAUUAUCCCAGAACUCAGCAUGUUCCAGGGAAUGCGAGGUUUCUCUGGAAACAUGCGCUUUGGAGGAGGCGGCAUGAAACAACGAAUGAGGAGAAACUGGAAAAUGUGGGACGCAGACUUUAAAUCACAGAAAAAGAAAAUCAAGAAGGACCCUACCUCUAAGAAGAGAAAACAAACUGACAGCACUGAUGAACCUGAUAGCAAGGCAGCAAAAACUGAUGGCUCUGACAACUCCGACUCUGAGAAUGAGGAAGGGACUGAAGGAGAAGCAGCAGAGAAGGAGGGCUCCAAAGCUGAGGGUGAAGAUGAAGAAGGAAAAGAUUCUGAGAAAGGUGCUUUAACAAUUCAAGAAGAGAUCAGUCAAAUCAAGCGCAAAUUGCAGGCAGGCAAGAAAACUCAAGAGAGGCAGAAAAAGAGGCACCGGGAUCGCAUGGUAGAAAGGAUUCAGUUUGUUUGUUCACUGUGCAAAUAUCGGACCUUCUAUGAGGAUGAGAUGAACGUUCAUCUGGAAAGCAAAUUCCACAAGGAGCAUUUCAAAUUUGUUGGAACAAAACUGCCUCAGCAGACAGCUGACUUCCUCCAGGAUUAUGUUGCUAACAAAACAAAGAAAACCGAAGAACGCCGUAAAGCAAUUGAAGACAUCAAUGCAGUUAUUCAACAGAUCUAUAAAGACCAAGAUCUUACCCAAGAUAUUGGAAUGGAACACUUUAUUAAAAAGGUGGAGGCCGCUCACUGUGCUGCAUGUGACCUCUUCAUCCCAAUGCAGUAUGGAAUUAUCCAGAAGCACCUGAAGUCCCUUGACCACAACCACAACCGCAGAGCCAUGAUGGAGCAGUCCAAGAAAUCAUCCUUAGUAGUUGCAAGAAGUAUUCUCAAUAACAAACUAAUCAGCAAGAAAUUGGAGCGGUAUUUGAAGGGUGAGAAUCCCUUCACAGAUGAUCCAGAAGAGAAAGAGGAGCAUGAGGAAGGAGAGGGUGGAAUGAGUGGAAAUGCUGAAGGAGCAGAUGGAAACAAAAUUGAUGAAGAAAACCAACAUGAAGAAAAUAAAGAUGAGGAAAGCCAAGACCGUGAGGAGAACCCAGAAGCAGAAACAACUGAGAAUCAUGGGGAGCAAGAGGAGAUUCAGGCAGAGGCACAGGCAGAAGUAGAAGCAGGCUACACAGAGGAAAAGAAUUCACAAGUUGCAGAGGAAACCCUCACUGCUGAGGAGGAAGAGCAACUGCUGGAAGGAGGUGAGGAAGAAAGCAAAGAAGUUACUGCAGCAGAAGAGGAUGAGCCCUUGAAGGGAGGUGAGGAAGAAAGCAAAGGAGUUACUGCAGCAGAAGAGGAUGAGCCCUUGGAGUAGACUCUGGAUGAGGAAGCUGACCUGUUUAAGACCCAGCAUUAAGUUUUUUAAAGCAUAACUAUCUGUGAAACUUCAUAGUAUGUUUUUGGUUAUCAUUCUACUAAACUUUCACCUAGUUAUGGCAGUUGAAAGCCUCUAUCUGUAAAGUGUUUUUGGAAAUAGUUUUUUUUUUUUUUUUUUUAACCAAACCUUCAUUUUAGUAGCUAGGUUUUGUGCAGUCCAAGUUUUUAGAUGGCUUUGUACUAGAAGAAUUUCCUUUGAGCAUGUGUACAAAACAAAUUGUGCCUAAUGCACUACGUACUAAAUCACAAUCUGGCAGAUUAAACCUCUUACUAUUGUCCCUGUAAAACUUUUAUAUAUUUAAAAAAAGUGAGUUGUCCCUUAGCCAGCCUUCCUGGAAGCAAAAGGAGUCUCAAAUCCAGGGUUUAAAAAUCUGCAGUGUAUGCUGUAAAUUCCGCAUAAUUUCCAUGUGACUGUAGUACUCUUCCCAAUGUUUUACUCUUCCUUUUUAAUGCAAAGCAAAAAUAAGUGGUGUCAACAUUGUAUUGUUUGUAAAAUGCUUUCACUUAAAGGUGAAUGUUUUCGGUGGGUGGAGAUAAAGCACUACACUGAUAUUACCCCUCUGUGUGCGCCUUAAUUUCUGAAGGUGGAGGUGAGUAGUAUGUAUCUUGGUGAUGCUCGUAAUAAGUGGAGAUCUUGAAAUGCAGUCCUCCUAAACUGAAGCAAUGCUGUGCAGUAGCUGUGGUCUGCUGCACUGAGAUCUGAGCUCCACUCAGUUUUGCUGCAGAUUUGGAAAAAGUCACUUCUCUUUUGUUUGUUCUCAUCUAUAAGGCUAAUAUAACCCUUCUGAAUCUCCAACUGAAUUGUGCCUUGUGAAUAUUCACAAAUAUUUCUUAAAGUUGUCAUUGACUUUUUAAUUCUGAGUAUAUUUGUCAAGCUCACAAAUCCAAAGUUUAACACUUCCAUAAUAUUUCAAAGCGUGCCCCUGCAGGAAACUGAACCAAUUUUGUACAGACAAAUCUGUGCUGGCUUAUGAGCCAUCAUGGAUGCAUGUGUAAAAAAGGGGGGCACAUCUCUGCUGGAUAGCAGGGCACCAUUUUGGGACAAGCUGUCUUGGGCUUCUUUAAUGGCUCCAUCUGUGGGACUUCCCUGGAAUAUAGAGUGCUGGUAGCUGUAGCUGAUCAGUUUUCUUUAUAAACCUGACUUCUUCCUCCCUACUUGCAUUCAUUCCUCCGUAACAUGGAAGUUAGCCUAGUUAUCGGUAUACAGUAGAACUGCACAGCUUCUAAACUAUAGGUGUUCAUCUAUGUAGAAUUUUCUAUCUUGAUCUUGCAACACAGUGUUAAUAUGACAAGCAGCUUGUUAAACCUGUUCUAGUGUAAAUGUUGAGGCACAGGGUCAAAUUUCAAAAGGUUUACUACAGUGGUCUGAAGUAGGGACACCAGUAUGGAAUAGUAGUCACUACUGACCUCUUAAACGUGGCCUGAUACCAGAGGCCACUUUAAGCCUGAUCAGUAGGGAUGUUUUUUUCCUGGGAUAGGUCACCAUGCAGUGAUCGGAAGCUUGUGACGUAUUGCCAUUUUGAACAAGGCCUCUAAGACAGUGCUUACAUGCAUGUACCUAUGUUGGCUUCAGGAAAUUUGACUUUAAGGUUUAAUUAUGAAGAGAAGGGAAUUAGGAAGAUGACUACAGUAAGUUACUGAAAAAACUAUACUAAAGUGGGAUUUUGUCAAACCCAUAGAAAUCUACUGGAUUAAAAGGUUGCUAAGAUUACUUUUUAGAAAAAAAUAUAUGUAGAAAUGAGUUAAAGCAUAUGAAUAUUCAUAUACCCCAAUUAUGUUAGAAUAUAUCAAAUGGCAUUUAAAUAACUCUGUUUCUGUUUCUCCCUACCUCAUUCUAGGCACCAGAACUCUUCUUACACCCAUCUUCAUUCAUACGGAUUUCUUAUUUCUAGCUCUCCUAGAACCACCACUGAUAUCCUACAACUCACCCUCCAGUUCACCCAUCCCCUAGCACUCAAAGGCAAGUAAGAUAACAUCUUGCUUCUUACCAUCCAUAUAAAAAUUGGACUCGGCUUGUUCAUGCAGCUCCCUGAUUUGGCUGAGACUAUAUUAGUCUCUGUUUACAAUUGUUGAUCUUCGCUCCCUGCCAUCCCCCACAAACACACCAGUUCUUCCUCUUUCUGGAGCUUAGCAAGUAUCUGCAGGCUUCUCCUUCUUCCUGGCUCUGCAAUAUAUGUUAUAGUCAUCCAUCACAAUAGGAAAGGCCAAGGCCAAUUUUUGUAAACAAGUGAAGUUUUGGGAAUUUGCCUGUGCCUCAAAUUCUAAUGGCAUUUUUAAGUAGGUAAAGCUAGAAGUACUAUACUGAAGAUGGGUUUUCUGGCUAGUGACCUAAUCUUCAUUUACAUAAGAUCAAUUUUGAGCCUCUAAAUAUGGGUUGACCAACUGCCUGUAAGUGUUCAAAAAAUUCUUGUGUAUUCUGAAUGUAAUGACAAGAAUAGUCUUCCUGCAUAGAUUUACAGGUGAAGAGGAAUAGUGACAAAUAAUGUGCAGCUGCUACUGAAUUACUUCUGUUAAGGAUAACUUUUAAUAAACUAAGCAUAACCACCUUUCAUCGUACAUUCCAGGAAAAAAUAGUUGGGUGGCUUGCUACAACCAACAAGACCAUGACUAGAUAAAUCUGCAAGCUAUUGCCCCAGAACCCUGAUUCUUUGUUCUAGAAACACUGGCCUAUAUACUACUAAGCAGAGUCAGAACUUCCAUUAAUGGUAACACAGGGACAGGGCCCUAUGGACUUAGCAGCUUACUGGUGGUGGAACUUACUGCAAUACAUCCUUUGUUCCAGAAUCUAAAUGUUCUUUCUAAAAAAGUGUCUAGUCCAUGUGGAUACAAAGCUUUCAUUUUGAUGGGAAAUCUUAAAAUUAUUUUUAAGAAAUGUAAAAGUGGCCACCACAUGAAAUAUAGCCUUUGAAUUUUAAUUCCUGUUGGAAUUCAUGUUGGCUUGGUGCAGAUUGGGGUGAUGCUCAAAGGUUUAAAAAAAAACACCACACUUUAAAAAACAUAAAAAUUAGUGGGAUCUUGCAAAAAAUCUAUAAGCUAUAGUCACAUUUAAAAAAAAAAAUAGAAUUUGGUCCUCUUAACUUUACACCUGCUACUUAGAACAAUACCAGUUAGAAGCAGGUAUUACUUCUCUGUUUUGCUCUUUAAAUUUUUUUGAAGUUGUGUUCUCUAAAUACAUCAGCAUGAAGCAGACAUUUAUCACUGUUGCUGUUCCUCCCCAUAGCAGUUAGUGCAGCAGCCUGCAUAGGUGUUUAGGUGAUGGACUGUGCCCAGCAUGAUAGUAGGUGUAUGUGUGAGAGAGAGCCAUCAAACAUGCUGUAGAUUAGGGUACAGUUUCUCGAGUGAAGAACUGACUGGCUAAACAGCAGUUCUGCAGAAAAGGACCUACCCCCUUACUGAGCCAUUCCAAUGACUAUUGCCAGCCCCAGGGGGCAGACUUAAGAUUGUGCUGUGGGGGUGGCAUGUAUCUUGGUAUUUCCUGAUUGUCAAAGGUUUAAAUUUAGCCGCUCUCCACAUUCUGGAAGGGCAUGUAUCAGUGCUAGACAACCUUACCUCUGUGUUAAUUAAGUUUUUGAAGAAUUUAAUUCCUGUGGUUUUAAAAAAAUGAAAAAAACAAAACCAUACCAUCUCCAUGUUGCUCAGCUCUCCUUCUCCACUGCCUCUGUCUCCUUGGCAGUCAUUACCCUGACCCCAGAAUGCACUGGCUGCAUGUCACAGAAAAUAGAUUCUGUCAAACUAACCUGAUAUCUUUGAGAUUACAAGUUAGGUUGAUAAAGGUAAUGGUGUUGAUAUAAUAUAUUUAGACCUUUGUAAGGCAUUCAGUACUUCAUGAUAUUUUGAUUGAAAAAUGUGAAUGAUAGAAAAAUAACAUGGCCUACAUUAAGUGGAUUAAACAAAAGCUAACUGAUAGAUCUCAAAAUAUAAUUGUAAAUGAAGAAUCAUCAUCGAGUGAGCAUUUCUGGUGAGGUACCACAGCGAUCCAUUCUUGGCCCUAUGCCAUUUAACUUUUUUUUUUUUUUCAAUGACCUGAAAGUAAACACAAAAUUACUAUGAUAAAGUUUGCAAAGGAGACACAACCUUGGGAGUAGUAAAUAAUGAAGAGCACAGGUCCUGGAUACAGAGGAAACUGGAUCAUUUGAUAAGCUGAGCACAAGCAAACUAUGCAUUUUAAUACAGCUAAAUGUAAAUGUGUACAUGUGGGAACAAAGAAUGUAGGCCAUACUCACAGGAUGGGGGGACUGCCCCAACCCCAGCUGUCAUGAUCCUGUCCCCAUGAUAGCGAUUGUUCUGAUCAGUUUUUGAACUCCACUGUCCAAGGGUCAGAGAUUUCCCUACCUCCCACUUUAAACCACCCUUCCCUCAUGUUUUAAAUGCUCUUCCUGAUUGCCUGCCUUGAUGAGUACACCUAGCAGCUCACCUUUGUGUACAUCUGACCAUGCUGGUUCCAUACAUGCAGCUCCUUUGUGGAGCAAGCAAAAAGUUGUGGAUCUUCUUACACUGUGGGGAGACAAGGCAGUGUGAGCCCAGAAAUGGAACAGCUGUUGAAAUAUCAACACUGCAGAUUUCACAAGGGGUGCUGGAACAGGGGCAUGACAGGGCUGAGCAGCAGGGGCAUGUGAAAAUGAUGGAACUUCACCAGGCAUACCACAAAGCAAGAGAAGUCAACAAGAAACCUUGGGCUGCAGACCUGCCACUUUUACAACAAACUGUAUGCCAUACUUGGCAGUGACCCCACCAGCACUCCGAGGACCACCGUGGACAGCUUCAGAGGAGCCCAAGGCAGAGACCGCUACCACAAGCAACAAGGGGGCAGGGGGGAAUACAGCAGGGGGACUCAACCUGUGCCAUGAACCAGGAACUGUUUGAAACUCUGAUGGAGUCAAGCCAGGUGAGCGCAGAUGAGCCCACUAAUGAGCAGGAAGAGAGCUCGGGUAAGUGUGUACAUGCAUUGUUCCUUACAAAGGCUUUUUUUGGUUUGAUUUGUUUUUUUCCCCCUGAAAUCUCAUCUCCCUUCCUGCCCCAUUUAAAUGUCUCUCCCAUCCCAUCCACAAGUUUAUAGAACAGAGACAUUGAGUUCUAAUUUCUUUAAUGUUACAAAAUACAAUAUUAGGAAACAAAUUCAAAAAAUUCUGUAGCAGUCCAGUUACACAUUGCACAUCAUAUCAGUGUUCUGUGCUUAGGCAAAGGUAGAACAAACAGGUAGAGUCAGCAUCCACCUUUCAUUUUUUUUUUCUUGGGCUCAGCAGGGGGUGGGGACUGCAGAUUAUUUUGUUUAUCUGACUAGGGUUGUCCCUUUAAGCCUCUUGAGACAUCUUGAUGAAACUUUCAUGGACAUAUUCCACGGUCCUCUCAUGAAGAUUGCUAGGGAUCGCAGUCUUUCUUUCACUGCUCUAGGAGACCUUCUCAUGACACUCUGCAAUGAGUUUGGCUGACACUGUUACAGUAAACAGGCUAGGGGCAUGUGAUCUCAGGUGGCUUCAGGAUGCCAGUACCAGUUGGGUUCUGUGUGCCUUUGUCACUCUUAGGAGUGAGAUAUCAGCUAAAAUCACUAUUGCCUGUGAAAAUAGAGCUAAUAUUCACUGUACUUCCCCUAUAUCAGUCCCCAUGGAGCAGGCCCGAAAGGUUAUAGCUUCCUUGCAACAGAAUCCCUGCCCCCAGGCCACACCAUGGUUUAAGCUGCAGAGCGGUGCUGUCAUGAGGCACUGCAAAGCUCAAGUGCCAAUAAGCAUUUCUUAUUAAAAGGAUUUAUGGGAAUAAUGUAAGGGAGUUUUGAGACUUAUCUUUCCCUUUUUGUUGUGACUGUAAAUCUAAUGGUGCAUUUGUCUGUUUUAAUCAGCAGCUUCUGGCAUGGUGGCCUUGAGGGGUGCCCUCUCCAUGCUGAGUGAACAUCUGACCCUGAUCAGGAGGAGAAAGAGGACUAGGGAGGAUAUGUUCUGUAGGAUAUUCCAUCCUUUACAGCCCAGUGAACAAGGACUAAAUGCGGCCAUGCAGAAAGACUGAGAAUGGAGAGAGCAGUUGCUGCAGGAGAAGCAGAAGAACCAAGAGGUGCAUAUGGAGACAAUAGGUUUCCUCAGGCACCAAGCUCAAAUGUUGCAAAGCAUUAUUGACUUACAUUCCCAAAGACCCUGGACUCAGUAGCCUUUCCAGUCCUUGGAGAAAUCAAUGGUUGCUGCUCCCUAAAUCACCCAACAUGCCAUGUGGGAUCAAGGUAUAUCUCCUUCUUUUUUGAGUGAUUGCUCAUGUGUAUUCACAAUAGGUGUGCAUGCUCGCCACAUGCACCGGUGUUGGCAGACUUUCCCCUAGCAGUAGCUGUAGGGAAGUGCCCCAGCAACCCAUGGAAUGACGCCUCCAUGGUGUGGUAUAAGGGGCGCUGUGCACUCCCUCACCCUCAGUUCCUUCUUGCCGCCACUGAAGGUGCUUCGAAACUGCUCUGCUCUAGCUUUGCUGUAGCUUGUCCACAGAACUCUUGUUCGUUCAGCAUAUGUGACCUGUAAUUAGCACUCAAUUAGUUAUAAUUUAGUUCAGCUACUGCGCCCAGGCUGGGGCAUGCCCCAGGUUUUAAGUAGUGCAACACUUGUAGGUGCCCAAUGCCAGUGAGUGAGCUGCACACAGACUGUCUACGCUUUAUGGGUGAAACUCAUCUCAGCAAUUGCUUUAAGAUUUGCAAGUCGUUUAAGCCUUGGACCGAGAGAGGGAGAGACAUUAGGCUCCGGGCUAUCCUGAUGGAGUCAGCGUUGAUCCUGACUCCAGCAUGCUGCUCUGAGUCAGCACCAAGCACUGUGAUGUUGGUGCACAGCGACCCCCCGGCGCCAUCUACUAGUCGGCACUGCUCCCUGUCCACGGGGCAUGUCAAGAAGGCUAAGAAGAGGCCUUUUCCAGUGCAGCACUGGAGUAAAUCUGGGGCAGAGAUUAGACCUGUGUUGGGCAGUCCUCGAUCUCCAUUGGCCUCUAAGUCUCCAGCUCAAGUCAAGCAGAGCAGCCCGGCCCAGUUGGAGCAGGCUUCCCCAGAUGUCCAGAUGCCCUCCACGCCGGAGGCCCUGCAGGUGGCCUGGGACAUCAUGUCCAUGCCAGAACCAAGAGCACCACCAAUGUUGGCCCCACGCUCUAGAGGCAAGCUGCAACUGGGAUCUCCUCAGUCGCUCCUGACUCGGUACCAGUCUCAGUCAAGGGAAUGUUCCCGACGCCAUUUGGCGCUCGGCAACCAUUCCAUGCAUAGUCAAUGUGGGUCACCGUCAACUCCCACCAGGUUGUCUGGCUGGAUUCUGUCUGACCAAGACUCCAGGCACCGCUCCACCUGGGGAAGCGAACACCAAUGGGACCGUGGCAGACACGGCCGAAGGUCCUUAUCUUGGAGGGGCUUUCAUAGCCGGUUACGACUCAAACAUUGACACUGUUCCCGUUCAUUGUCCCACACCAGGACCCUGCCACAGCACCACUUCCGCAGCCCCAGGCAUCAAUCACUGGUGAGUCGCUGUCACAGAUCUGCCCGUCGGAGCCGAUCGCUGAGCAGUUGUUACUGACGGUUGCGGUCCUCCAUGUCGAGGUCGUGGGGUCAACACUGCUCCCAGUGCCACCACUCCCAGUGCCACCGCUCCUCCCAGUCCAGGGACGGUGGCAGGUCAUAUGUCAGCCUGGCCUCCCUUCGUAGCUGUCCAUCGAUGGCUCAGGCCGAACAGCCCGCUCCGCUGGUGCCACAGCAGGUGCAGUGGCACUGGGCCCCGUGGCCAGUGCAAUGGUACCAGUGGGCAUCGUGGCCCCCAGUGCAGCCCCCAGUGGGAAUUUACUAAGUGGCUGAAGCGUCAGAAGGGCCUUUGGCCUCCCUCUCCCAACAUCAGAGGAAGGAGUUGGUGGGACAUACAUCCUCGGCACUGUGCCCAGAAACCAACCAAGUGGUGGAUCCUCCGGUGCUGGUGGACGUGCAAAGUCCUCGCCCUCCCCUGAUGAGACAAUUACAGUCCCUCUGUCCCACAGGAGGACUCUAAGGCCCAAUAAAAACUAUUAAAAAGGAUGGCAUCAAGCCUCCUCCUCCAGGCAGAGGAGGUGGAGGAGCCCUCGGACUCCCUGUUUAACGUACUGUCUGCUUCGGUACCACGCAGGGUGGCCUUGCCUCUCCACAAAGGGGUGGCGAAAAUUUCAGAUGCCCUGUGGCAAACCCCAGCCUCAUCGGCCCCCAUCUUUAAGAGAGCAGAAUGCAAUUAUUUUGUGCCUGCUAAGGGACAUGAAUACCUAUACACCCACCCUGCCCCUAACUCCCUGGUGAUCGAGUCGGUCAACCACAGGGAGUGGCAGGGCCAACCAGCCCCUACACUGAAAAAUAAAGAUUCAAGGAGGCUGGACUCAUUUGGAAGGAAAAAAAAUUUGUCCUCGAGCUUUUAGUUACCGGUGACGAACCAUCAGGCUCUUCUGGGCCAAGUUUGAGGACUCCCUCCAGGAGCGUGACAGGAAGGAAUUCAAAGCGCUGGUGGAGGAGGGUACAGCGGCUGCCAAGGCAACCCUGCAGGCAGUGUCGGAUGUGGCGGACACAGCUGUGCGGUCCAUGGCCUCUGCAGUGUCCAUGAGGAGGACAUUGUGACUCCUACUCUCUGGGCUGUCCAGUGAGGCGCAGACCUCCUUGCAGGACCUUCUAUUUAAUGGCAAAGCUCUGUUUGUGGAACAAAUAGAUAUAAAACUGCAAGACCUGAAAGACUCUUGCACGACA